CUCUGACUCAGCAUCAUGGCCGCCCUCAGACCCCUCGUGAAGCCUAUGAUUGUCAAAAAGAGGACCAAAAAGUUCAUUAGGCAUCAGUCAGAACAAUAUGUCAAAAUCAAGCGGAACUCGCAGAAGCCCAGAGGCAUUGACAACAGGGUGCGCAGAAGAUUCAAGGGCCAGAUCUUGAUGCCCAACAUCGGUUACCGGAGCAACAAGAAAACCAAGCACAUGCUGCCCAGAAGCUUCCGGAAGUUCCUGGUCCACAACGUCAAGGAGCUUGAGGUGCUGCUGAUGUGCAACAAAUCUUACUGUGCUGAGAUUGCUCACAACGUCUCCUCCAAGAACCACCAGGCCACUGUAGAAAGAGCAGCCCAGCUGGCCAUCAGAAUCACCAAUCCCAAUGCCAGACUGCACAGCGAGGAAAAUUAAUAGACAGCUCGUGUGGACAUUUUGUUUGUGGUAAUAAAAGCAUAAAACCCGACCAAAAAAAAA